CUUAUGGCCAAAGGAUGAAAUGGAUGUCCAUGGCUUAUAGAUUCCUGAAGCAAAAAACUGUAUGCAGCCAUGGAGAAGUGCCCUAGUGCAAACCAAGGCAGCAGUGACUUGUUGCAUAGAGCAGAGGACAGAGUGCAAUAGUCCAAUAUUUUGAGCAACAGCCUGGUGCCAUGUGCAGUGGGAACCCAUUCAGUAUUUGAACAGGGAACAAUGUCUUCUUGCUAGGAUAUGAUAUAGCUGUUUGGAAAUCAGAUAUCCUGAUUUUCUGGGGGAAUGUCCUGGAUAUGGUAUGUCUCAUUAGUGAGACAGAAAUAUUCAGGAAAAUAAUAGAGAAAUCGCUGUACGUCGUUCUCCCUCUACAGGAUGGUGAAGAUUCUCUCGUAUGCUGAAAGGCUGUGGAUUUAUGGAGGGGCCCGGGCGCACCUUUGAGCACUGCCACGCGCAACAUCCUGCCCGUUGAGAAAAGGACGACACUGUUCUGCUCAUACCUGACACUGAGCCCUUGGGCUUAACCAUUCAGAUCUCCUGUGCAUGGCUCUUGCAGCCAAAGGAGGACUUCUGCUGGCUACUGCGCCAGCCUGAGCUGCCCCGGGUUCCCGUCACUGCCCCAAAAUAUUCUACAUAUCCAGAUGGGGUAACGUGACGGCGCAGGAGGAACGCCGGAGGGUUAACUGAAUGCAGAGGCCUUUCUGAAGAGAGGAGAGCUGAGACAGGGAAGCCGAACGGCACUGAAGGGCGUCUACUCUAAAUUGCACACACACAAAGGAAGUUGACACUACAGAGGUGUUUUAUUUUUUAAGUAUUACUCAGCAUCAAACUUAGGGUUCCCUUUUUUUCCCCUAAUUGGAUGAUUUAGAGAAUCCAAGCUACGCUCUCCCAAAAGCUGGGAGUUUUUGCACGUUUGUGUUGGUCAGGGGAAAACAAAGAUAGCCUUUUGCCAAACUCUAGGGUAACUUUAUUUUCAUUUUGUCCUGAAAUCCUUUUUCUUUGGAGCGUGUGGGGUUUGGGGUUUUGUUUUGUUUUUUGCCAACCCGCCCCCCCUCCCCAGCCAAUCUUAGGGUGGUGUUUUUUUUUUUCCGCUAUGGCCCGCAUGAACAGACCUGCACCUGUGGAGGUUUGCUACAAAAACAUGAGGUUCCUGAUAACCCACAACCCUACCAAUGCCACUCUGAACACCUUCAUCGAGGACCUGAAGAAAUACGGUGCAACAACAGUAGUGAGAGUUUGCGAAGUAACCUACGACAAGACUCCACUGGAGAAGGAUGGUAUUACGGUCAUGGACUGGCCGUUUGAUGAUGGAGCUCCGCCACCCACCAAGAUUGUGGAUGACUGGCUCAACCUGCUGAAGACAAAGUUCUGUGAAGACCCGGGAUGCUGCGUGGCUGUCCAUUGCGUGGCUGGCCUGGGACGGGCUCCUGUUCUUGUCGCGCUGGCCCUGAUUGAGAGCGGGAUGAAAUACGAAGAUGCUAUUCAGUUCAUUAGACAGAAACGCCGAGGAGCAAUCAACAGCAAGCAGCUGACAUACCUGGAGAAGUACCGGCCGAAACAGCGGCUCCGGUUCAAGGAUCCUCAGAACCACAAGAACAAAUGCUGCAUCAUGUUGUAAAGACUCUACCUGAGACGCUAAAAACGCCUUCGCCAUGAUGCAGUUUUUCUCUUUCCAAGAGCACCUGAGCUACACCUUGUGUAUUACUGCUUAACUUUUUAUUAAUAUUCUUAUUAAAUGCACAAGAUAUUACUGGUGGUGAUGUCUUUACAAAGCUAAAUUGUGCAGUUCCUGUCUGGAACAUUAACUGGGCCCAUGACCAUUUCCCCGUUUUGCAACAGGCUGUGUGGGUUAGGUAAACAGCUGCAGUGACCUGUACAGACCUUAUCAAGCUUCCUUUGGGAGAAGCCCACCUGGGAAGGAUGGGGGAGAAGGCCAAGCAGCCCACCCCUGUUGAACAGCAGGAAAGUGAUUUCUACACAAUCCGGCCCUUCUUUUACCUAGCCAGAGAAUUGCUGUUCAUGACUGGUCGGGGCUCCCGAGGCCACAAUUCUUCCCCAUCGCUUGCCACCUGCGCCACUUAAUUUGAGAUUCCAGAUAUUGAAUCUGGGACCGCCUACAUGCAAGGCAUGCUCCCUGCCAUUGCACUGUGGCCUCGUUCUCAUUGAACUCUGGAACGUGCCAGAGUGGGAGGUAAAGCCUUCUUCCUGGUAGAAGAGUUGGUAUCUUUUGCCUCUUGUAAAAACAAGGCAUUUUAGAGGAGAGGACUCCUGGAAUGAGUAAGGAUGCCCUUCCCAUCGUCCUCUUCCCCCCCCCCCCCGAAAAAAAAUAGAAGUUUCCAACACUGCCUAGCACCUGGCUGCAGCUGUUCCUUCUGGCCAUGCUGUCUUGCUUGUCAAAGCGCUGCAGCGGAGGCCAGGACUUGGCGCUGAAUCUGCCUUUCUUUACUUUGGGCUGGCAGGCAAUCUUGUCCUCUCCAGCAGGGUCCCUUCAUUCGCUUUCCAUGUGUCUCACUGCAGCCUCGAGUGUAUUAUUGGGAGCCGGCUUUAGUCACCCCUUUUGAAGACCCAUCCCUCACGUGCGGCCUGUUCCCAGCCUCAGGACCUCAGCCUCUGUGGUUUCUUGAUGGGCGGGAAGGGCAGAAUGCUUGAGGACUUGCUUACCACAAAUGUGUUACCUUGUGAACUGUCCCAUCUGCUUAGCUUCUUUCCCUGUGAGAAAGCACGCCGCUCUCUGGAUAUUUGGCAUUGUCUUUUUCUGUCUCUCGCUACUAGAGAAGUGAAGGCCCAGGAAAAACAAACAAAAAUUUGGGGGGGGGGGGAGCCAUUCAUUUUCUUUCUGUUUUUUUUUUUUAAUUUUUCAGAAACAAACGGGGGGGGGGACAACCACAUUUCCCCCCCCAUUUUUCUUCCAGGGCUUCACAUUUCUAUUCUCUACUCUGGAAGCCAAGACUGAAAUUAUCAUCUUGAACCGCUCUUGGUCUGCAGAACAGAGAAGACGAAUUUGGCUUAUUCUUCGGUCCGAGGUGAUCCUUCUGCUCCUUUAAGGAGCGGAGGUUUGUGGCGUGGAGAUGCCGAUUGAGUGAAUCUUCUGUCCACCACCCUGCUGCAUGUCCAGUCUGGCUCAGGCCUCCUGGCACUAGAUGCCCUUCCUUGGCAGGAGAAGGGCACUUCCAGGCUACCUUGCACUUUCUUGAACUCGGCUACUUUCUCACGGCGGUACAACUCUGAAACAUGCCUGCCAGUGGCCAGGUCCUCCUCCUCACGUUUCUUACCCAACAGCCACCUCCCACCUGAAAGAGGACCCGAGUUAUGUGCACUUCAUGCUAAAAAAAAAUAGUAGUAAUUCUUCUGCAAAUCAGUCCACAAUAUAUGCCAAGAAGGGGUGUGUGUAGGAAUUCUGUCCACCUUGCCUGAUUCUGGUUUUUCUAGUCCUGUGUGGAGGACUUUGUAUGUCAAAGCUCCACUUUCAAAUCCUGAAAUUCUUCAGGCUUUCUGUGAUCCCAGCGGGCGUUGCCCAAAUACUUUCUCCAAGGUCCGAAGAUCUAGAAAUCUGCUUUUGUUUUCCUUUCAAAAGUGGGAGCUGAGAUUUGCAGGGAGUGGAGUUCUGUGUACCACAUUCUGCAUGCUUUUCCCCCCUGGGUUCCCGUGGAAUUGCAGUGUGAUCACAUCUCUGGUUAUGUCUUCCUCUGCGUUCUUAAUAUGUGCCUAGGCAGAAGAAUGCAGAUGUGAACAAGAAUGCUCAGACCUUUGCAGGCUUUCCUUCUAGUGAGGUUCUGUUUUGACACAGUGAAGCCCCAUCCCUUUUUUCUGGCGUGGGUGACCAGUUUAUCCUGGAUUCUUAAAGUCAUGAGUGGAAAGGGUUUUUUUUCCCCCCCUAGGAUAUACCAUGUCAACCUAGUUUGGAUACUUGGUGGUUCCACAAGUUUCCCUGCUGCAAAAUGGCUACUUGUGGUGUCUUUACUGUGUCGCUGUUGCAUCAGAACAGCUGUGGGGAAAGACUUCAAAGCCCGCCUUGUGCAUGAUUGUUACCUAAAACAGGUAUCGCUUGCAUGCGUGCAGCUAAAAUGGAGGCACACACGACUCACUUGCAUGUAGAACUGUCUGGCAGAAGUGAUCAUUGUGAGUGUGUGAACUGAAGUGCCCGAGAGUGAAUCAAAGAGCUUAACGUUUGGCAAUAUAUGUUGAGGUUGCGUCUGUUGUCUGUAAACCUUGGUAUUCGUGCGGUGAAGGUGAAGUUGCCCCGAUCUGAGACACACAGCCCACAGAUAUCCCAUAGCUAUGGAAUAGAUGCAGUGGGAAUCAGUGCUUUCCUCUGUCUUUUUUUAUAGCAAAAGUUUCAGUUGUGUUUUUAACACCUUGAAGCAAAAGUUCACAUACCCUGGCUUUUAUUUUUAAAUGGCUUCCUUUCGGUUGACUAUAAAUGUGCAGUCCUAAUGAGCUUUAGUGCGUGGGUGUGUGUAAUUUCCUGUACUGAGAGCUCGAGUAUGUACCCAACGGGUUAAGAGGUGGAGGGGAAGUGUUCAGCCUGCAAAGGCGUGAUUUGAUAAAUGAAGUGAUGGCGGCAGGCAGGCUGGUUCUCUGGGUUGGCCCAGUGAGAUUCGAAGUUCUUCUACCCAAACCAAAUGGACAUCAUCAAAUCAAAUUAACAACUCAGCUAGAUCACAGCACUAAAAGCAAAUUAGUGUUGCCACUAAACUGGAACUGUGGCAGAAUUGGGGCUAGUUAUGCACCUUGCAGAACCAGAAUUGUACCAUUUUCCAGGACUGUACCAUUUCAGGCUGUCGGCUGGGAGAUUGCAGUGUUGGAAAGCUUUUACACACAAGGGCUCCUUGCAUUUAGAUAGCUAGCAUGUCAGGGAGAAGAGGACUCGGCCUCGGUGCCUCUCCUGACAUAUUUUCUAUGUGCUGAGAUUGUCUCCCCAUCCUUGUGGUGAAGCACUUAAAAGUUGCAUAUUCUCUUUCUCAGGCUCCAGCGGUACAAUGUAGGGAUUGGAUUGAUUGGUCCAGAAGGGGGUUGUGGCCCCAAAGCAUCUUCAUCCUGCUGCUGGUCCUGCCAAUUUUAUUUUUUUAAAAAAUGUUGCGUGCAGUUGUCACUUCCAAGCUGUGGCCGCUGGUGGUUCCAUAUCAGUGGGGCAGUGGAAUCCACUCUGGCGGUUAGUCUGAAUUUUUAAGGGUUUGGCACCUUGGAAAGCUCCUGAAAAGUUCAGACUAAAACCUGGAACGGAUUCCACUGACAUGGAGCCACCCCGGCCGCCACCUCUUCCAAAGAGAGAAGCAAUGGGUCUACUUAUGUCUUUCACUGCCAGCCUGUACAUUGAGGGGAUCUUUCAGGAAACACAUUCCUUGGUGCAUCCCUAGUCAGUGACUUCAUACCUGUGAAGUCACACAGAGAUACCAGCUUUAUGAUAGAGCCUGGCCACUCUGCUUGUUCCAGAUCCUUGGAUUAGCGUCUGGGAACGAUACUGCCCCCCUCUCCUCCAUCCCCCCAUCCCGUCAUCUGGGAUAAGCAUUAUCAUUUGAGCUGACCAAGCGCAAGGGUUGAAGGCAAAACAGGCAGGAAAAAGUUCUUCCUUGUGCUCCAGGAAUAUUCCUCAAAAGGCACAAACUCCAACUUUUUUUAAAAGGUCCUUUCCAAACGUGAUGUUCUUCCCUCGACCGUGCACCUUUUGCAAAAUUAUCUUUAGAUCUUUUCAAAAGAAAAUAAAUCAUAGCACAUGAAAUGUCUUCAGACAUUACUUCAGAACACUGCUCAGUCAGACAUGGACAUACCAGCAUUUUUAAUAGCCUUAUAGUGUGGAAAUCUUGAAUUUAAAUAAAAUAAAAGCUUGUGUGCAUCCUUUAGCAGGAAGGAAAAAUGUAUAAAAACAAAAAUUGCAAUGCCUCUGUGUUUUGUGUGUGUGUGUGGAUGGAUGCCUUUCUUUCUCAACUAUUGUAAAGCAAAAGUGAUCAUGUUCCUCUGCCGUUCUCAAGCCACUGUGCGUUGAAGCCCAGACUGUGAGAAUUUGAAAGUCCUCCUUGGUUCUGGUUUGGUAUGGCCCAUUAUAAUCUCCAAGAACGUGAAUUUGCACGUUGUAAAACAAGAGCAGCAACCGUGCAAUAUUAGUAUUAUGGGUGAUGUUCUUUGGGUUUCCUGACUACUAAAACAAAAAUUACAAUUAAAUGACAUUUUAUGUUCAAUGACAUCUCGGUAGUAACGGGGUGGAGCUUAAGUGUAGGGUUUUGAGUUUCAUCACUCCACCCCAGCACAGCCGUAGCAGAAGGUAUCAAAUGCUCUUUGUUGCGCCCUUCAUGUAAUUUUCCAAAAGGAAUUUGCACGUUUCCUCCUAUGUGAUUUUUUUUAAAGAAAUUUAAAUUACAUUGAAAGUGCAGUACAGUGGGCUUGAGCAACCGUGCCCCCAGUGGCGUCUUUAGAACAUCAAAAGUGGCUCUUGGAAGAGAGGAAGAGGAAGGUGAUGAGCGUGGCAGGGGAAAAUGGGAACGAUCCCCACUCCUUGUUGCCAACCAGACCUCAUGCCCAUUUCGCAUCUCCUCUGCCUUGGCUUUUUCCUCCACCUCCCUUGGACUGUUGCGGUUAUGGGGGGUGGGGUGGCAAUGGCAUGGCACCUGCCAUUUGAACAUUGCCCCACCAAGCUAGCAGCAGAGCCAACAGUGGUCUGGGGUGGAGCCAUGCCGGUGGCUCCUGCCCACAGAUGGUCUCGGGGGGGGGGCACCGUGGAGAAAGAGUUCCCACACCCCUGCUGCAGAUGAGUGAAUUAAGCAUCAGUGAAAUCACUAACGAAGUUUUAAGUGAGAAUUGCUUCUAGUCCCUGGUGUAGUCUUGAAAGGGAGGGGCCACUACUAUGUUUUCAAAUGCCUGGCUUUAGUUUCAUGUUUAGUGUUGGGGGGGGGGUUCUUUCAUUUAAAAAGUGUUUUCCAAAAGAAACACUGGGUUUCCUUCUGAUUUCUUCAGCAACAGGAUUUUACGUGUCUUCUUUUAACUCCAUGCACGAUCUUAGUAGGUCAUAGAUUGGCCUUCCCCCCCAACCUGGUGCCCUCCAGAUGUUUUGGACUACAACUCCCAUCAGCCCCAGCCAGCACAAGUAUUCCAAAAUGUCUAGAGAGCGCCAAGUUGGGGAAGGCUGUUGUAGAUGAAGAUGUUGGGGUAUUUGUUUUUUCCCCUCUGAGCCAUAGCUAAAUUAUUGUUGUUUUAUUACUAUACCCAGUGCUUUUAUAUCGGGCAAACAUCACUUUUGGCAUAUGCCAAUGAGGUCUAGAAUCUUGACACUUUAUAACCUUUAAAAAAAAUUUUUUUUUGUUUUUUUUCCCCUCAAGUCCUUUGUGAAAUUGUUAAUGCCUUUUUUUAGUAAUCACUUUUUUGAGUUGUGAGAGAUUUCCUUAAAAGUGUACUAAAGGUGUGGGGUUUUUUUGCCUCAAACCACGACGACAAAGGAAAACUUAAUAAAAAGGCUUCACUGUUUUGUAUGA